CGGGUUUUAAACUCGACUAACGUCUGACAGGAAGUCGUCAUCUCGGCUGUACGUCACUUGGCUCCGAUGCGGAAGUGGUCGUCAUCGUAAGAAACCUGUGAGUUGGAGGCUCUGUGAGAUGUGAGAGAGCGGUCGUAGCUUUUGAGAAAGAAAUAACGUGUACCUCAGUAGUUUGAAUGAAAGAAGCCGUUUCCUCUGAGGGUGAAGAUUUUCUGGACGACUGGCGCCUCGAUCGGUUAAAGACUGGAAAUGUCGUGGAUACGAGAAGGAGAGUUAAACCUGCUUGAAAAGAUUUCUGCCAAUGUCCUAAAGGCAGGACCCAUGCCCAAACAUGUGGCCUUCAUCAUGGACGGUAAUCGGCGCUUUGCACGUAAGAAAAAUAUGGAGCGUCAGGAGGGACAUAUGCAGGGCUUCAACAAGCUGGCAGAGACACUACGUUGGUGCAAGCACCUUAACAUCCCAGAGGUGACGGUGUACGCCUUCAGCAUCGAGAACUUCAAGCGCAGCAAGGACGAGGUGGAUGGGCUGAUGGAGCUGGCCAAGCAGAAAUUUGAGAAGAUACUGGAGGAGCGGGAAAAUCUGGAAAAACAUGGUGUUUGCAUCCGGGUGCUGGGCGACUUGAAUAUGCUGCCUCUAGACCUUCAGCAGCUCAUUGCCAAAGCUGUGAUGUCAACCAAAACUCACAAUAAAUGCUUUCUCAAUGUGUGCUUUGCCUACACAUCAAGAUAUGAAAUCACCAAUGCAGUUAGGGAAAUGGCUUGGGGAGUGGAGCAGGGUCUGAUCAAAGCAAGCGAUGUCUCCGAGGCGUUGCUAAGCGAGUGCCUGUACAGCAGUAACUCUCCCAAUCCUGAUUUGCUCAUCCGCACCUCAGGAGAGGUGCGCCUCAGCGACUUCCUCCUCUGGCAGACGUCCCACUCCUGUCUGGUGUUUCAGUCAGUUCUGUGGCCUGAGUACUCAUUCUGGAACCUGUGUGACGCCAUCAUCCAGUAUCAGUUAAAUCACAAAUCCAUCCAGAAAGCCAGAGACCUCUAUAGAGACGAGCAGGCCCUACAGCAGUUGGAGGCAGAUCGUGCUUGUGUAGCAGAGCUCUUGCCGCAUCAGGGGAAUGGAAAGCCAGUCGAUGCCCAGAGAAGGCAAGAGGCCCUGCAACGCUACACUUUAUCCCGAGAAGCACGAGUUGAGGACUUCCUACAAGCACUGAAGCACAAGAGAGACUCCUUCUUCAUUGACUUAUGCAGUGAAGCCGUCUUUACCUAGGAGAGCUCUGAGGAACUAAUCUUUUGCCGAAAUAUUAAUGAAACCUCUCCUGUCCUCUUCCCAAAAGGGCUUCUGUGGAAAAAGGAAGAGUUCACGGUGACCAAGAGUGGUUUCAUUUUAUUGCUGAUUUGUAUAAAACGUGAUGGCAAUUUUACCCCUAUGGGGCUGUAGAAUAACCCUGAUAUUUAUGAUUGUAGAUCUACAAAGUCUAAUACGUGGAAAUGUCUGGUCAAGAUGCAGUUAAAAUGUUGUGUAAACUGUCAGAUGCAUGCCAAUGUUCGAAAGGUUGAAAACUGUUUGUGAAAGCCACACCCCCGUGUUUCUGAGAAUUCUAAAUGGUUUGAUAUUUUUGUGUUUGUUAAGUGGGAUUUUGGAGAUAUAACUAUAUUUUGACCAGCUUUCUCAAGCAAAAUAAACUGAGAACUGUAUAUCAAUAUAGUUUAAAUGAGUUGCACUUCUGUAAUUAUUUCAUUUAUUUUACUGAACUUUGUGGCUCUCUGAUUCUCUGUGCGGCCUUCACAGUUUCACACUUUUCAUGCACACACAUAAGCCAAAUAUGUAAUUCCUGUCAGUAUAAGGUGUAUUGUAUAUAUUAACACUUCAAAUUUUUUGUUUUUUUAGAUUGAUCAAUUUAUGACUGGGAAACAACUUUCAUUAAAUUGGAAUAUACAUGAUAUAUUUUGAGCAUUAAAAAGAGCAUAAUCAGAGCUCCAUAUUUAAUGUAAGCAAAAGCAUUAAGCUGUCGAUGUUAAACAGUCCCAUAUUUGUGAAUCCCAAGAUUUUAAGUAAAGGCAAGUG